AUGUUGUCACUUGAGCCCAACUGCGAACUGUCGAGAACGGAGGAGCUGAGACACUUGUGCUCCACGUCGCCCAGCGCUGACAACGUCCUUGAGGCCCCCUUCUUCGAUCCUAGCCCUCGUUGCGCCUUCGAUCUUGAUGUCAUCCAUUCCGCCCAACAGUUUAGCCUCGACCGCAACGAAGGCAUCUGCAAACUACCAAUGGAGCGACCCUCCACGACAGGCUCGUGGCCUGUCCAUCGCCCAUCCCCAGGGCCCGAGAAAUCGAGCCAGAUCUUCAUCCGCGAACAUCCUCACCGAGCCAUCGCCAUCGUCUCCGACUCCCAUUCUCUGAUCUUCCGUUACAGCACCACCGUCAGCGGGAAUAGCACCCCACUCUCCGUCCACGGUCACCGGCCCCGCAACGGUGAUGGGUUCGAAUCGAAAUGCAUGGUUGAGUUUUCUCGCAACACAAGACAUGUUCUCCAACACUACCGGCCUUUGACGCCGCAGCCCAUAUACGGCACCUUGGGCCUCAUCUCCGUCGAUGGCGAUGUCUUCCUCUGCGUCGUUACGCAAGCCACCCGAGCCGCGACGAUUCGGCCAGGCGAGACGGUCGAGCGAAUCGCAAGCGUCGAAUUCUACUGCCUCAAUACGUCCGAUUAUGACUUCGUCUAUUCUCUGGAUAACUUGGACCCAGAGCUCUCCGAUUCCUCGUCCGUAUACGGACAGAACCUAGCGCGAAGAGACCUGGCGAUAGAGCAACAUCCAUGUCAGGAACUACGGAAGCUCCUAAGCAACGGGACCUUUUACUACAGUACAGAUUUCGACCUGACUAGCAGGCUACAAAAUAGACCAGCAAGCAACACGACGUUCGAUAUUGAUAACUUUGACGAGUCCUUCCUCUGGAACUUCUUCAUGAUCAACCCGUUGGUCAAGUUCAGGUCGAGAUUAAUGCCCCCGGAAAGGGAGGCCCUUGACCAUUCGAGAAUAUUGACCUCCGCUAUCCGAGGCUUCUGCGGAACCAUGACAAUACCUCAAGCCGCUGCCCCGGUUGCGCCAAAGUCUUCGCGCCUACCUUCGUUUCUUUCCGUGAUAUCGAGGCUCUCGUGUAAGCGUGUCGGCACCCGCUUCAACUCCCGAGGCAUCGACGAUGAUGGAAAUGUGGCCAACUUUGUCGAGUCUGAGACAACGUACUGGAGCCCCGCAGGCAUCGUCUUUUCCUACGUACAAGUUCGAGGCUCUGUUCCUGUCUUCUGGGAACAAGCACCGGACCUCAUUCCCGGACGACAAAAAAUCACCAUUACCAGGUCGCCCGACGGCACGCAGCCGGCCUUUGACAAGCACUUUCAAGGAUUAGAAGAGGUGUACGGCGCCGUCCAUAUCAUCAAUCUGCUUAGCGACGCUAAGCCGGGAGAAGCUGAGCUGACGCAGCUCUAUCGGUACGGAACCGCACAUUGUCCGCUGAGCCGCCCUGGAGGAAAAGAGUCUAGAGACCACGCCUUGCUCAAAUCCAGCGAAUACGAUUUCCACGCCGAAACCAAAGCAAUCGGGUAUGAGGCAGCCAAAGGAAUUCGGCGAUACAUUGAAGAUUCCAUCGACGCAUUCGCCUAUUACCUUGCUCAUGAGGAUGACGACGGCGCCGACGACGGCUCGACUCUCCAUGAAAAGGACAGCAGAUUAGUCGUCGUCCUUCAGCAGGAGGGGGUGUUUCGCACAAACUGUCUAGACUGCUUAGACAGGACGAACCUCAUCCAGACGAUGAUUUCCCAGAUGGCGGUGGAGACAUUCCUGGGCCAUAGGGGAGAAUAUGCGGCCUCAGACUUUUGGAUGAGGCAUUCCAGUCUCUGGGCGGACAAUGGCGACGCAUUGUCUAAGAUAUACGCCGGAACGGGGGCGCUCAAGACGUCUUUCACGAGGCACGGCAAGAUGUCGCUUUCGGGUGCCAUGGCAGACUUUCGCAAAUCAGCACAGCGACUCUACCACAACAACUUCACCGACUCGUCACGGCAGUUGACCAUUGAUUUGUUGCUUGGUCGUCUAAUGGGGCAGCAGGCUGUUCAGCUGUUCGAUCCGAUCAGCGAUUAUGUCGCUGUUGAGCUCUCAAAGCGGAGCGCCGAGUUCUCGUCGAAUCGAUCGAUAACAAUAUUCGUCGGCACCUUCAACCUCAAUGGCAAGACCCACGGCAUUGAAGAGGACUUAUCCCGCUGGUUAUGGCCCGCCGCAGUUGGCACGACGCUUCCCGAGAUCGUGGCCGUCGGUUUCCAAGAAAUCGUCGAGCUGAGCCCGCAGCAGAUCAUGAACAGCGACCCGUCAAGAAAGCAUCUCUGGGAGCAGGCGGUGCGUAGGACGCUCAACGCCCGAGCCAAGGCUAGCGGAGAAAAAUACAUACUCUUGCGCAGCGGGCAGCUCGUCGGGGCGGCGCUGUGUCUCUUCGUGAAGUCGUCGGUGCUGGGGAAUAUCAAGAACGUAGAGGGCAGCGUGAAGAAGACGGGCAUGUCCGGCAUGGCGGGCAAUAAGGGCGCCGUCGCGAUUAGGCUUGACUAUGCGAACACCCCGAUUUGCUUUGUCACGGCGCAUCUUGCUGCGGGAUUCUCGAACUACGAUGAGAGGAAUCGGGACUUUGCGACAAUUCAUCGCGGGCUCCGGUUCCAGAGGAAUAGAGGCAUCGACGAUCAUGAUACUGUAAUCUGGUUUGGCGAUUUCAAUUACCGCAUUGGUCUCGAUCGAGAGACCACACUCUCUUACAUCCAACGGGGAGACCUCGCGACGCUUUAUGAUAACGAUCAGCUCAACCUUCAAAUGGUAGCCGGGCUUUCUUUCCCGUAUUAUUCUGAAAGCAGGAUUACUUUUGCGCCUACAUAUAAGUUUGACCUUGGGACCGACGAAUAUGAUAGCUCGGAGAAAGCCAGAAUCCCGGCAUGGACUGAUAGGAUUCUGCGUAAAGGCUCAAACAUUAAGCAGAUUGCUUACGAUUCUGCGCCCCUACGGUUUUCCGACCAUAGGCCUGUAUAUGCCGUGUUCAACUGCGUGGUCAGCAUUGUAGAUGAGGCAUUGCGGCAGUCAAUCAGCGAGACUCUGUACAAAAAACGCAUGGGUGAAGUCGGAGGGAGCGUGACGAACAUAGAAGAUGAGGAUAGCGAAGAGGACGAGGAUCUCGUAGGCUACGAUGCCAUCGAACCGGGCCUGCCGCCGGCUAGCUCCGAUCGGCAGAAGUGGUGGCUAGCUAACGGGUUAUCCGCACGAGUUGAUGCGGUUCCGCCCAAUCCCGCCAACAGCGGGAUGACGACGGUUCUGAAUCCCAACCGGCCAAACAACCCGUUUACUCCCACGGAGGAGCCCGAUUGGGUGUCUAUCCCGCGGUCGUCGUCCAGGCAGUCAUUGUCAAGUCUGGCCAGCUCGGCCUACGAAGUCAUUAACCACUCGACCAUUCUCUCGACGUCGGGAGGAACACCGAGUGGCAGGAGGCUUCCACCGCCGUUUGAUGCUGGGUCGUUACCUGCUAAGGUCGGGAGGAUGGCUAUUACGGACGAUGUACUGUCGAGGUCGCCUCAGCAGCGCGAGACGCCUCCUCCGCCUCCUCUUCCACGGCGACAGGCAACCGCGCCGAUAUCACAGGCACAGGCCACAUCCACAUCGUUAGCCGCACCACGACCGGUGCAGAGGACGAGGACGGCAGCUCCUCCGCCUCCGCCGCCGAGAUCGGUGUCAGUCUCGCGGCAGGUAUCUCCGCCGCGGGCCGUACCACCCUCUUCUCAACGAGGGCCAUCUCCUCCGCCAGGCAAGGAAACCAAGGGUGCUGGCGCCGGACCCCCACCUGUUGCGAAGAAGCCAUCCUAUCUCACAAGCACAUCCCUAGUGCCAGGAAGCACGACGGACAAGGAAUCCCCGCCGCCACUGCCUGCGCGCAGCCCGGCGCCGGUUGAACAGAGCGCUUCGACAAACGGCACAAGGUCCGCAUCUCCGGCUCCCAGCACACAGAGGAGGCCGGUCGCACCGCCGAAGCCACCCAAGCCGGUGGUAGGAAUUAAGCCGGCGAAAGGUGAUGUAGGCACACCGCCUGCGCCUCCGGGGGCCGUCCGUUUACCGGGCAUGUCGGGCGGCGGCGGGGUCGUAGGUGUCAAGGCGGCAGCAGCAUCCGCAGCGGUAGCGCACGCUAAGAAGCAGCCGCCGCCACAAGUUCCAGCAAAGCCGCAGACGAAGGAGCCGCUGCAUGGAGCUGCAGCCGAAGUUGAUCUUUUGGAUUCACUUGAUGGUGAUGGGGACGGCGGUUUAGGGGGCUGGGAGACAUUAAAGCCGCAAAUGCGGUAG